AUGGCAGAUACGGAGGGCCUUGCCCUGGUGUUGCAGGCGGAACUAAAGUCGCGGCUCUCCUCUACUGCCGAGGUGUUCCUGCAUGCAUCAGACGAGUUCGCAAAUUCAAACUUGAGAUUUACGGAAUAUGAACGACCUACCUAUCUUGUUGCAGUUCGGCCGGGCACAUGUGAUGAUGUUGCCGCGACUGUGAAGUACGCGCGGGAGCGGGGGAUACCCUUCUCGCCACGAGCUGGACACCAUUGCGUGACAACCACAAUGAGACACCUGGAAAAUGGCAUUUUGAUUGAUAUGAGGUCGCUAAAUGGCCUGACUUUCGAUCAGGAGCAGCGGCAUGUCACUGUUGGUGGCGGAGUCAUCACAGAUGACUUCGUGCGCUUUCUCGAGAGUAAGAAGAUGGAAGUCAACGUCGGUUCUUGCCCAACAACUGGUGUUAUAGGUGUUGCUUUCGGUGCCGGUCUGGGGAGGUUACAGGGAAAAUACGGAUUUCUCCACGACAACAUGAUCUCAUGCAAACUAGUCCUUGCGGAUGGGACUAUCGUCAUAGCUUCUGAGCACAGCCAUUCGGACCUCUUCUGGGCUAUUCGUGGUGCAGGGCACAACUUUGGCAUUGCCGUCGAAGCAACAUUCCAAGUCUUUCCCCAAGGGCAUGGCGGUCAGCACUGCACAUGGGACCUGCAGUACACGUUGGAUCAGUGCGAUGAAGUAUUCACCGUUCUGAAUGAUGUCCAUGAGACUAUGCCGCCUGAGCUCGCGAUUUUCAUUAAUCUCAUACUCGUCAACCUCGUAUGGUCCGGUGCUGAAGCAGCCGCCGACGCUUGGGUUAAGAAGUUUGAGGUGCUUAAUCCUGUGGAGCAUAGCGGAAAGACAAUCACAACCUGGGCAGAGCUUCCAUGGACGACAUAUGGCGGCAUGAACAAGCUCCUCAGCAAGCCCGAGGUGUGGUCGAAAGCCCCGCACAAGAUGAUGGGUGCGGUAAGUAUCGAGAACUUCGACUUGCCUACCACGAGGGCAUUUUUCGAGAGCCUAAAGGCGAUGAACGAGAAGUGGGCUGGUAAGGGCCUGUUUGGUGCCAUGUUUGAGUGCCUCCCUCACCACAAGACCCGUGAAUUCCCGGAUGAUUCAACAGCUUUCCCAUGGCGCUGGGGCAGCAACCAUUUCCUGAUGAUGACAGCAACACCGUUCAAUAUGAACGACCGCACUGCCUUUGAGGGACAUCUUGAUGAGUGGAAGAGGGAAUUCAUUCGUGUCUCUGGGUAUGGAAGACUGCAACAGUAUGUCAACUACGGAAACACGACGUCGACCAUGCCGGAUCCUCCGGAAGCGUUGUAUGGAUAUGAGCCGUGGCGAUUGGAAAGGUUGAGGGAUCUGAAGAAGCUUUAUGACCCGGAUAACGUGUUUCGCUGGUAUCAGCCCUUGAUCCAAGCAUAG